AUGUCCCGAUCACAAACUCGAGGCACAGCCCCAACCCCCCUCGACCCAAUAUCCGAAUGGCGCGCCUGGCAAGCCCUCAGCAUAAUCUACACAGUCCUCCUAAACCGCCAAAUCAAACGCCGCUGGCUCCUAGAACAACAAUGCAUGGCCAGCAGACCCAUCUCACAACGUUUCCGACCAGUCAUGUUCCUAGAGCCUGUUCCAACCCUCCAUAAGCCAGUGCCAGUGCCUGUCACCAAAUCAACCACCAACCAAGCCGACAACCCCUACAACCCCCACACCCUAGCAACCCUCCGCAAAAGGGUCCGCCUCCUCCGCGCACGCGUGGAGAAAGGAAAAGAACUAGCCAGCGAAAUCGAACGCCGCAUGGUCCAGACAUCUCCACGCAUCAAGUAUCCAACGCAUUUCUGCUAUACGUGCGUUGGGGAUGGCGAGGCUGUGGAGGUUCUCUUGACUAAAUGUGCUCAUCGGGAGUCCGUUGGGGUCUAUGAGGUCUUGUUCUGA